CGCACGCACUUGCACUCGCGCAGCACAUAUACGGAGCUGCGGGUGAGUAGACACUCAUUGAUUCUUUGUCCCUUCGCCGAGCUCCUCAGCGUUCCUGUGCAUUGUGCCUGAGCCCUGUCCUCAUCCCACACGCGGACUGCUCUUCCUCGUAAAGGCUGAUUUUGGAAUCACACUUCCGUCGCCACCUGCCACUGGAGCUUCGUUUCCUCGUCGAACGUGCUUUGACUUUGCUUCACUGGAAGCGUGCCUCUGUGUGUUGAGCGUCCAGACGCCACUCGUGCGGAUCCCGGCAAACGGAAUGCGCCCGCGAACUGCGAGCCUCAUCAGCGUCCUGGUGCUGCUGCUGCUGCCUGUCGCCCUGGGCAGGUCACUGGUCGGCCAAGGGGCCCGGCAGCGUAACGCCGUCGGGCUGUUCGUGUCCAAGUCACAGAGAGGCAACCGAGUAGGUCCUGGCAGCCACCUGCUACGUAAGUCACACCUGAAGCUUCGCAACACCCCUCCUGACGUGAUGACGGUCGCCCAGUCCGAGUCUCUGGUGAUCGAAUGCGAGGCUGGGGGCAAUCCCCCGCCCACCAUCCACUGGCUCAAGAACGGUCUCCGCAUCGGACAGGACUUGACGGGAAGCGAACGCACCGAACAGGAGGUGAACCCAGAGGGGGCGCCCAUGCUUGGCCUCAGCUUCACAAGAUCGCGGCUGUUCAUUGAUUGCGCCUCAUCGCAGUACGACGAGGCCGAGUACACCUGCGUCGCCCAGAACCCCUAUCACCGCAUCAGCAAGAGCACCAAGGUCAAGGUCACCAAGAUCGGAUCGGCUCACUCCAGCCCACUGUGCCUCGUCAAGAAGUCCUUCGUGGCGCCUGGUGUCCCUGCCCGUAUCACCAUGUGGACGCACACCCGCCUGGAGCUGAUGGGCAGCACUGUGCAGCUCUUCUGCCGACCGAUCGGCUCUCCAAAACCCAGUGUGUCCUGGUUCGGCCCCGACGACACUGAACUGCAAAACAGCGACAAAUACAAGGUUCUUGAAAACGGUGAUCUCGAGAUUCGGAAUAUUGCCUGGAAUGACAUGGGAGGCUACACUUGUACUGCGGAGAACUCGCAUGGCGUCGACCGGACGUCGACAUUCCUUUAUCCUACACUGCCGGACAAGGUGUAGGACUGUGUUCACCGCGCAGUUGUCGCUGCUUCCCGCGUUGUGAUGCGAGCUCAUCCUCCAACCUGGCUGGAUUGCUGUACAUAGCGUCGUCGAACAUUCCACUGGUGUCCGGGCCCACCCCGCCAAGGCUUGCUGCCAGGCCCCACUGACCCACACCCCUCUAUUUAUUGUCGACCCCACCCACGACACCUCGUUUCAUCAGCUGGCCCGCUUUGCUUCGCGCCUGCUUUGCACUAUAGACCCUUUCCGAAAUCAUGCACCGAUGGGCAUUGCCACAGUGCCGUCAACGCAACGAGGUCAUCUGUCGCGUUAGCUUGACUUAGGUUGUGACCCAAGUGGCCUCUAGGUCCCAUAUUGUUGAAACCGGCAAAAAGAAAUUGGCCUCUACUCCUCACUUGCACAAAGAGAAGAGGAGGGGAAAAAAAGAAAGAAACCUCAGAAAUCCAUGCGCUCGGAUCGGUCUUUCAUGCUGUAGCGUAGCCAGGGAGCGCUCGGAUUAUGGGGGACUUGGAACCUGUCAGGACUAAGCGGCCGAAGCUAAGCUUUUAUACUCGCGUUCCAUUUCACAUUAGUUCAUUUUGUCGCCGAUUACUUAGUGGCGCGUGUCAUGAAGAGAAUGAAAUGAGCACUUGUCAUGUUUCAUUUUUGUUCGUUUGUUCUUUUUUUUGUUCGUUUGUUCGCUAGGUUUAUUAAUGUCCCGAAAGCGUGUUUACGCUUACUUGUUGACGCAGAGCACCAUCUGGCCAUCUUGGGCGUGCGUAUCGGUGACGAUAAAUACAUGCAUUCGAAGAGAUUUUUUUUCUUUAAAAGUCAAAAAACUUCAACAAAACGAACAAAAAAAUGUAGGGAGGAAAGAGUGGGCCCAGCAUGCUGAAGUUUAGCGCAUGAUUGCUGGGCCUGACUUCCAACCCUGCGGUGCUUGAAAAUUUUUGCUGUUAAAAAUAAGGCUGCAUUGAAGGUUAACCUCAGUUUUCAGCCUGUAGAUCGGUUUGCAAACGCGUCGGUGGCUACCUUGGCAGAAGUAGCAGUAGUAAAACUAUCGGAGCACCACGAAGUAGCAGCCCAUUCGCUCCCCACUGAUAUGAGGCAACCGAUGACGAGAGAAAAUUGCUGCUUGAAUAUUACGAACUUAAUCGGCCGGACUUAAAAGCCACGCCCAUUCGGUUCUUCUCUGCCUACGAGUAAGCUUAAAUACGCGUCUCGGCACGGUCCUGCGUGCCGCAGUUGGUCUCUCAGUGGCCUAAUCACGUGACCGUUUUAGAGUUGCGUUAAGGGCAGCUAUAGAGCGUCUUGCUAUUUUGCACCUUCGAGGCAGCGAACUGCAAGCGGAGAUUUCGUGAGCUGCGAUGGCGGUGUUUCGUCCAAUACGCUAAGUCAUCUCAUGUGAACCACACCACCUGCGUUACAGUAUUAUGCGCGCGUUUUUUGCGUCUUGUUGUGUUUUAAAACUCGCGCGGCGUCAGCCUCGGCCGCGUUCCCUGGGACUUUUUUCCCACACGUCUCCCCCAUUUCCAAAGCGGCUACGUCUCUGGCCUGGUGUGUGAUACGUCGUGUGUGAAGAAAUGUGUGGAAUUUCGGGCUGAACGGAUGCUUCAGAGGUUGCUUUUGGAGAGCCUGUCGAUAUUAUUUUUGUUUCGCGACAGCUCUCGUACAGGGUCGUUGCAGUUGUUACCUCUUCAGGAUACGUGUAUAGCGCGCUUUUACCGUCACUCUUGUGUGACCGAUGUCUUUCAAGUUGCGGUUUUAUCGGCUCUAUUCAUGUAUACGCCAGCCCGGCGGCUGACUGUGAAAUUUCGGAAAGAGUCUAGUUUGGGCUUGAUUCGAAGAAACUGGUGUACAUACGUAUAGAUGUAUAUCAAGAGAGCAUCAAUGUUGUUUCGUCCAGUUGCGUUUAUUAAAAGUUUGUAUCUCGUACGUGUGCA